CCUAGUAGCAGCUAGGAAAGUAGCUCAGUGAUGCAGAGCACCUCAGCAGGAGAGUGGAAAUUUCCCAGCACUGAUCUACAGAACAAGGAUCCAAUAUCACAGCAAGUCCAAGCCUGGGACACUUUUUAUUUUGGAGUUUAUCUGCACAAUCUCAGACUGUUUGCCACACACUCCAGUACAGCUACAAACAACAUUGGCAUUACUGGACCAUAUACAAAUUCAUCAUGUACAACGGAGCUGGGAAAAAGCUCACUCAAAAAUUGAAAAAGACCCUUCCUGUGACGGGCCCCCAAGCACCAACACUGUAUGAGUUAAUGCAAUGGUACUGUCUAACCACCAACACUCAUGGAUGUAGGCGGAUUGUGGUGUCCAAGGGUCGUCUCCGAAGAUGGAUCUGGAUUAGCUUGACACUUACAGCAGUAGCCCUGGUCUUCUGGCAAUGUGCUCUUCUGAUUAUGUCCUAUAACAGUGUGACUGUUUCUAUCACUGUGAACUUCCAGAAGCUAGUUUUUCCAGCAGUGACUAUCUGCAACAUGAAUGCAUAUAGAUAUAGCAAAAUUAAAAGUUAUUUAAAAACGUUAGAUGAGGAAACAAGCCAAGCCUUGAAAGAUCUCUAUGGAUUUGAAGAAUCUCUGUCUCGCAGAAGGCGGGAUGUUGAACCACCCAAAGAGGAAAUGUAUUUCAACAAGUUACCACUGUACAUAGUGAACAAUGUCAAAGGAGAUCAAGUGGAUGUAACAGCUAUACCCAGCCGGAAAAGGAGCCGAAUGAAUGCUAAAGUUAUGAGCAGAAAUUCAAAUACAGUGUCGUUCCGCCAAGAAAAUGUUGUUGGUUUCAAACUGUGUGAUCCCAAUAACAAAACAGACUGCACUGUGUUUACCUUCAGCUCGGGUGUAAAUGCUAUUCAGGAAUGGUAUCGCUUGCACUACAUGAAUAUAUUGGCACAAAUUCCUAUGGAAGAGAAGAUUGCCAUGGGAUACUCAGCUGAUGAUUUUCUGGUCACUUGUUUUUUUGAUGGCCUCUCCUGCGAUUCCAGGAACUUCACCCUCUUCCAUCAUGCACUGUAUGGGAACUGUUACACAUUCAAUAGUAUUGAAAAAGGAGAUCUUCUUGUUUCUUCUUUGGGUGGAAUGGAAUAUGGACUUAAAGUGGUCUUGUACAUUGAUGAGGAUGAAUAUAAUCCCUACUUGAUCACAGCAGCAGGGGCUAAAAUAUUGGUGCAUGACCAAGAUGAAUAUCCAUUUAUUGAAGAUGUUGGGACAGAAGUUGAAACAGCACUUGAAACUGCAAUAGGAAUGCAACUGACUGAAUCCAGUAAGCUUAGCUCUCCGUACAGUGACUGCACUUUAGAUGGCAGCGAUGUCCCUGUAUCAAAUCUAUACAACAAGAAGUAUACCCUCCAGAUUUGCCUACAGUCGUGUUUUCAGUUGGUGAUGGUUCAGGAAUGUGGCUGUGCUCAUUAUGACCAACCCUUACCUGAUGGUGCAAAAUACUGCAACUACAAAGAUAAUCCUAGUUGGAUUUAUUGCUACUUUAAGCUGCAUAAGAAAUUUGUUCAAGAGAUGCUCGGAUGCCAAAGCACAUGUCGAGAAUCUUGCAGCUUUAAAGAAUGGGAGUUGACUAGGAGCCAAGCCAAGUGGCCUUCCAUUAACUCAGAGGAAUGGAUGUUACGUGUUCUGACUUGGGAACUGGGUGACAAAUUAAACAAGAACCUUACCAAACAGGAUUUGGCAAAUCUGAAUAUUUACUACCAGGAUUUGAACAUAAAAUCAAUAUCUGAGAGCCCAACCUACAAUAUUGUUACUCUGCUCUCAAAUUUUGGUGGACAGUUGGGAUUGUGGUUGAGCUGCUCCAUGGUUUGUGUCCUUGAGAUCUUUGAGAUCUUCUUAAUUGAUUCCUUCUGGGUUGUCCUACGUCAACGUUGGCAGAAAUUUAAGAAAUGGUGGAAAAAUCGUAAGGAAGAUCAAACCCAACAGACCCCUGAUAUACCUGUACCUACUAUGACCGGCCAUGACAACCCAAUCUGUACUGGGGAUGAAGAUCCACCAACAUUUAAUACUGCUCUUCAGUUGCCACAAGCCCAACACCUAGAAGUUCCAAGGACACCACCUCCUAUGUACAACUCUCUGCGAAUACAAGAGGCAUUUGUUCAUGAAGCUAAUGACUCUGAUGACACAGAAUAUUUGUAGGUUACCAGUUCAAUUUAACUGUCCUUAGAAGAGUCAAAGAUGCUAUUUAUAUCUGUUAAUAAUUUAACAGAUAUGAGAAACGCAUACCAGCCUGAAGGAUCCUAACUCAUAUAGACUCUGCAAUCUUCCAGACCUCACAAACGUUUCUAAGAACUUAAAGGAAAAGAGACAGUACUUCUCUUAUCCUGUAUACGUGGUGCUUAAAUGCAGGUUCUUAAUGACCUGCUGAAGGUCCUGUUACCUUUACAAUGUAUCAAAACAGUUUUGAGUGAAAAAUCACAAGAGCCAACUGUUUAAACUGUAGCACGUGCACUUGACCAGUGAUCUUAAAAUAACUUUGCAGUUGUUUAUAACUGUUUAGAAGUGUUCAGAAAAAGUUGUACGUCUACACAACUGCCUGAUAUUUUUAUAUUAUACUUUUACUUACUGGAGAGAUUUUCUGGAACUGAAGAGUUAAUAAAGAUUACUUUUGGGACAUUGA